CGAAGAGACAAACAAACAUGACAUCCCAAGGCAGAGUAGAGUAACAUAAUAACAUACAUAUGCCACGAUCAAUAACUCCACUUUGACCAUGAUUGACUGACCAGCCCUGAAAGUAACCCCACACGAGAGGGCAGGAUCACUGCCCAUACAUUCCUCCUACUCCUAUCUGAAAAUUUCAAACCGUUCCCAAAGCCCCUAUAAAUCCUCCCAUUUGCCAAGCAACCAGGGCAAACACUCUGCAGACAGACACCUGUCUCCUGUCCUCCUCUCACACCUCCUCCAACUUCCACUUAAGCCAGAGACAUGGAGCUCCACUUCCAGGUGCAGCCGGCGGUGCUCCAGCUGCAGGACUACUGUUACUACUACCAGCAUCAGCAGCAGGAGGCCGCCGCCGUGCAGGCCAAGCCCACCAAGCCGCGGGGCCGGAAGAAGGGCAGCACCAGCCACAGCAAGUUCGUCGGCGUCCGGCAGCGCCCGUCGGGCCGCUGGGUGGCCGAGAUCAAGGACACCACGCAGAAGAUCCGCAUGUGGCUCGGCACCUUCGAGACCGCCGACGCCGCCGCGCGCGCCUACGACGAGGCCGCCCGCCUCCUCCGCGGCGCCGAGGCGCGCACCAACUUCGCCCCGCGCAUCUCCCCGGACUGCCCGCUCGCCGUCCGCAUCCGGGGCCUCCUCCACCACAAGAAGCUCAAGAAGGCCAGGCUGCCCGCCGCCUCCGCCAACAUCCCCGGCCCCUCCUCCACGCCGGCCGCUCCCGCCACAUACGCCCCAAGCAACAGCAACAGCAAUAGCAAUAGCAACAGCAACAGCAAUAGCAUGGAUGGUGGCGCUUGUGGGGGCGCCAGCAGCAGUAGCAGCAGCAGCGCGGUCAGCUGCGACGGCGCCAUGAAGCAAGGCGGCGGGGAGGUGUACAGGCCGGACUUUGCCCCCGUCGCCGGUGCCGAGGAGCUGGAGUCUUGGAUGUUCGAGUCGUCGUUCGGCCAGUUCCCGGCGCUGGACGGGUUCGCCGCCGUCGAUGCCUGCACGCUACCAGCCGCGUCUCCGGAGGAGACCAGCGCGUCCGGGAUGGUGGAGUUCGAGCGGAUGAAGGUUGAGCGGCGGAUCUCGGCGUCCCUGUACGCCAUGAACGGCCUGCAGGAGUACUUCGACAAGGUGUUCGAGGCGUCCGCCGGCGACCCGCUGUGGGAUCUCUCGCCGCUCUGCCAGUAGCCUGGCUUCUUCGCUCUUCACCCCGUCGUCGUUCUUGCUCUUUUGCCUCCUGGGUGUUGGGGGAAAUGGCCCCGGAUGUAUGUGUGUAUGCAUGUCAACUUGGUUUUUGGUGUCGCCAGGCAGUGCAGUGUAAAGAGGAAGGGGGUAGUGUUCUAGAUUUCAAAUAUGUUCUCCAUUCGAUGCAUUUUUGUGUGCAAAAUGCUCCAAAUUUGUCGUGUGGUUUAGCAGACCACUCUGAAUUUCAUGACGUAGCUAGUUCAGCCAUGGUGUAGUUUCAGUUCUCGAGAUUUGUUCAGCCAUGGUGUAGUUUCAGUUCUCGAGAUUUGUUCAGCCAUGGUGUAGUUUCAGUUCUCGAGAUUUGUUCAGCCAUAGAUGAGAGAACGGCAUGUUUUGCUACA